AAAGAGUCAAUGAAUCAAUAAAUACAUAUUAAGGCAAAAGCAACCUUGUACAUGUACAUGUACUGUAUUUGAGUCUCUGAAUUACUUUAAACAAACCAAACAUGGGUUACAAAAAAAAGUGUUUACACUGAAGUUUACAGUUGAGGGAGAAAGCAAUUUUAACUGGCCCCUUCCUGUCUCUUAAAAAUAACUAGUCAAAGAAUGCAUACACCUGUAAUAAUUACAGGUGUAUGCAUAAAUAAUUAUUAUUAAUUGACAAUUAUUUUAGUGCUAAGUGUAAGUUGAUAUUUCUUCACCAAAAAAUGUUCUGAGCAUCAAAAGUUGCUAGACAUUUAUUAUUGUUAUAAUUAUUGUUUUUCAGGUUCCUUGACUGUGAUAUCAGCCAAAGCUGUGUCGUCAAUGAUAAACAUCACACUGGGUGGAAACAGUCAGUUGGGGCACCCACUGUUUUAUGUCAUGUUGAUUGUAAUGAUCACCACAGCAAUUGCCCAAGUCAAAUUCCUGAACAGAGCUAUGCAAUCAUUUGAUGCCACUGUUGUGGUCCCCACCAAUUUUGUCUUGUUCACAAUUAGUGCCAUUAUAAGUGGUAUUGUUUUAUAUAAAGAAUUCUAUGGACUUACCUUCCUGGAAAUAUUUAUGUUUCUCUUUGGGUGUGUGUUGUCAUUUAUUGGUGUGUAUUACAUUACAUCAGACAGAAAACAAGAAGAAUCUGAUGAGCAGUUGUUGCUCACAAAUGCAGACUUGUUCCCUGGAUUCCUGUCGCUGUCAUCCUCAAAACUGAUUGCAGUUCAGCCCAACAACAUGUUGACGGCCUCUCAUGUUGAGUAUCCCAUGCUCCCUAGCAAGCCAAGUUAUGAAGCAACUUCUGAGACCCAAUUGGUUGAAGGGGAAACCUAGCCUGUACUGCUUGGAUCAGUAAUGUCUGGUGUGAACAGAAUUGUUAAAUUAAAUACUAUUGAGGAAGUCUUGUACUUCUAGGGGGAGGGGUGGGAAAGGGACUUGUGUGAAAUUGACAGGCAUACAUGCAGCAGUUUCUUAAUCAAAAUUUUUUUCAUUUGAUAUCAGUAUUAGCUUAAGGUGAUUCCUUAGUACAAGAACCCACCAUAGAUUU